UCCUGUUAAACUUAAACCCUCCCUUUCGCCUUCAAUAAUCACUUCUCUCUCCCCAGUUUCUCCGGCCGACCGGUGCUCCGUCGCGGGCGAACCGACCACAAAUCGGCUCAUGUUCAUAGGAAGCUUCUCGUAAGAGGAAUCCGAGGUUUUAAUUUCGAGCAGGCUCAUGGAUAGGAGGUUCUACACCAACCCAUUUGUGCACGAUUAUGAAGAAGACCCCGACCCCGAGCAGGGACCCGAUUCGGCCUCCUCAGGGGACGACGCCAAGGUGAACGCUAGCGAACCGUCACAAAAGAGAAGGAAGAGCGUGAAGAAGAGAGUGGUGUCGGUUCCAAUCGCGAGCGACGCCGAGGGAUCGAAGAGCAAAGGGGAGGCCUAUCCGCCCUCCGAUUCUUGGGCGUGGAGGAAGUACGGCCAAAAGCCCAUCAAGGGCUCACCUUACCCAAGGGGAUACUACCGAUGCAGUAGCUCCAAGGGCUGCCCCGCCAGAAAGCAAGUGGAGCGAAGCCGCCUGGACCCCACCACCCUCCUCGUCACCUACUCCUCCGACCACAACCACCCCCUCCCCUCCUCCUCCUCCUCCAAGAACCACCACCACCACCACCACCUCCGCGCCCCCGCCGUCAGCGACUCCUCCACCUCCGCCUCCGCCUCCGCCGCGGACGCCGACGAUCCCAUCCCCGCCAUGUUCGAGCCGGACGAGCUCUCGGGCUUCAUCGGGGGCGCCCCUCUGCUCGACCCCGAGUUCGACUGGCUCGCCGACGUGGCCUCGACGUCGUCGUUCUUGCAGCGGCCGGUUUACGAGGGAGGCGCGGACGCGGCGCCUGUACAUAGGUUGAGGGACGAGGAGGAUGGGGAGGAUCCGCUGUUCGCCGACUUGGGGGAGUUGCCGGAGUGCUCCUUGGUCUUCCGGCGGACCAAGUCAGCCGAACCGGAGGGAGAGAGCCGGAGGCGCGGUCUGACCGUGGUUUCCUGCGUCGGCAAUGUAGUAUAGCGCAGGUUUUGGUCGUCCAAUCAACCGGGGUCUGUAUCAAUCAGACUCGGCGCGGGUCAUGCGCCACGAGAAACGACACGGCGUCUCGCCGCACCGACGAAUCUCUUUCCGGGACGUGGUUGCGGCGUCGUUUCAUCCCAUCGGGUCGUUGCAGCCAUUGUAAACAGUAAAGAGCCUUACGCCAUUUGAGGAGAUGAUGACAAAUGAGAAUGUUCACGUCUUACCCUAGUACAGGCCACCGAUAGUAUUUAUGUUCCUUUUAUGUAACAAUUCUGGAUUUUGCUGUGACUGGCAAAGCACUAGUUUACGGCUUUUGCACUUGCAUUGCAACAUUUGUCGAAACGAAAUUGCUUACAAUUGUUAAUUUGAUGUCACCUUCAGAAUAUCAUUAACAAUUCGAAGACGAAUUUAUAUCCUAGA